AUGGAAAAUCGUGAUAAGAUUGAUGAUGUUUAUGGAGAGAUUUUUCUAGCAUUAGAGGGGAAGGCUGAUACCCUUGUCCAUUUUAUAACGAGCUUUCAAGAUAAUGAUUAUAUCCUUGGGUUUAUACCAAUAAAAUUUUCAAAAUUUUACAACUUAAAGACAUUAAUAAUUAAUGAUUCUUAUGUCGAAUAUGAGCGUCAAUUGAAACAUUUAAGUUAUCAAAAUCUCGAAGUCUUUCAAAUCGAUUUCAUUAAAACCAGCACACUUAUUUAUAUAAUUAAUAAUAGUGGUGGAAAUCUCAGUAAGAUUAUAGUAGGUGGAUGUAGUUACAAUGGAGAUGAAGAUCUGAUUAUCAUUCGUACAAUUCAUGAGAAGUGUCCUUUGAUUGAAUAUUUAACCCUUACAUUCUCAUCAUCCGAUGAGAAUUUCAUGGAAUUCGAAAAAUUACUAAAUACUUGUCAAAAAUUGAAGACCUUAAUAUUAAACAUAGACGCUUUUUUAUCUGAAGGACAUUCGAUUGCAGAAAAAAGGCUUUUAUCUGGUGAAAAAUUAUCAAAAGCUUUAAUUAGAUCAGCUCCAUUUAAUCUAAGAAGACUUGUAUUUAAUGGAAUUAAUCAUGAUUAUGGACCUAGGUUUUCAUUUAAGACCUUGAAAGAUUUUUUUGAAAAUUGGAAAGGUCGAACUUCACUUUCCAUAUUUACACCGGACCGUCAUUAUAAGGCAAAAGAGUAUGACGAAAUGAUAAGCGGAUACUUGAAUGAUGGUGUGAUUAAAGAUUUUAGUUAUAACUUGAUAAAUUAUUUUAUGUAA